CGGAAGAUGCCAUUUUGUCAAUCGAAUAAGAUCUGGAAAGAACACCAUUGCGAUACAGCAGAAAAGAAUUGGGAGUGAUUUUUUACCAUCCAUCACUCAAAAUUAACAACAGAGUAGUUGAAAGAGUCUCUAACAUCAGCAAAAACACCAAUAAAUUAAAAAGCUAACAAAAUAUCGUGAAUACAGCAUACUGAAUUUUAAGGAGAGAAAAAUAAGUACAUACGAAAUUUUUGUAAGCUAGAAAAUGGCAGACUCAGACAAACAGCUACCGAUUGAGCAGCAGCAGCAACAACACCAGCAGGAUAUCGACCAAGGUGAUGCUGUUCAGGCCCAAUUGAAGUCGCUGCCACCAAAGGAAGUCAUUGCAACCAAAGUAACUGGUACUGUAAAAUGGUUCAAUGUAAAGAGCGGUUAUGGUUUCAUCAAUAGAAAUGACACCAAAGAAGAUGUGUUUGUUCAUCAAAGCGCCAUUGCAAGAAAUAAUCCAAAAAAGGCGGUGCGCUCAGUUGGCGAUGGUGAAGUUGUCGAAUUUGAUGUUGUCAUAGGAGAAAAAGGAAAUGAAGCCGCCAAUGUUACUGGUCCAUCUGGUGAACCGGUACGUGGUAGUCAAUUCGCCGCUGACAAACGCAGAAACUAUCGGCCAUGGAAUAACCGCAAUCGCCGCAAGCCUCAGGGUGGACAAGGACCAGACGGAAAUGUUCAACAAGGUGUUGAAGGCGAAGUUAGAUCUGACGGUCAACAACAGCAACGUCCGCAGCGUAACUACCGUCGUGGAGGUGGUCCAGCCGGUGGCCCUGGUGGUCGUGGCGGUCGCGGUCGUCGUUUCAAUAACUAUUAUCCACGAAACCAAGGCAGACGUUCAGGUGGUAGCGAAAGUGGAUUGAUCGAGGGCGGCAAUGACCAGAACGCUGACUCCACCCAAAGGGGCGGUGAUGGUCAAGGUUUGCCCGCGCGACGGCCCCAAAGACGUUUCGUCCGUCGCAAUUUCAAUAAUGGCGGAGGUAGACGUGGUCCACGCGAUGAUGGCAAUGGUGGACAAGGACCUCCGCGCAACAAUCGUCCAAGACGAAACAGGAAACCCAGCGGUGCUGGAGGUGGCUCUGGUGCCGAAGGUCAACAUCAACAGUCUCAGCAGGACGUUGGUCACGAAGUGCAGAAUACCACAACUGAAAGUACAGCAUAAUCCAUCGGUUAGGUGACAAUAAUGCGAUUCUACACCGAACAACCAACCAACAAAUCAAUCAACAGCAAUUGCAACAGGAGUGGAAUAGAGAUUAAAAAAAACAGCUCAUUAAAGAAAAAACCAAAUUAAUUUUGUUUUAGAAAGAAAAAAUGUACGUGGUAGAACGCAUUACACAAUUCUAAUCAAAAAAGAAAAAUUCUAGAAGCGAAAUGUUAGUCCGCAUGUACUAUUAGUAAUUAUUUUUGCUAUACACAUCAGUUGUAAUACAACAUAUGAGAUGUCUUCACGAUUAAGGAUAUUUUAUAUAUAUUCGUGAACUAAUUAGGCUGAUGAUAAAAACUGUUAAAUUUGAUCCCUCUUUGGUUCUUUAUAUUAUUAUUUUUUAUAGGUAUCUGUAAAAUGUACAUAUGAUUGUCAUAUUUGUCCAUUAUUAUUAUAUUAUAUAUAAAAUAUUUAUUUAAUAAAACGUGUGCCUAAUUUUAAAUUUGAUUUUCAUUAAGUAAUUUUUAUCUCAAAUUAUCCUUCUUUAAAACUUUUUGACAUUCAAUACAAUUAUUCACAUAUAUGCAACAAAUAGUUUUAACAAACGUCGUUCUUAAACAAAAUCUGCAUAAAGUUAGUAAGUUUAAAUUUUCGUUCAUUUCAACUUUUUCACAUAUAUUUCUGCUAUUCUGACGGAAUAUUAAUUUUAAAUAAGGCUCGUUUUAUUAAAUUAUAUAAAUUUUUAUUUGUGCUCAUUAUUUUUUAUUUACAAAAUACUGUUAUACAUUUUAAUGUGCUUACCACAGAUUAAACCAACAACUAACCAUUGAGGCAAAUACACAACAAUGUAAUAUAUUGAUUUGAUUGGUAUAACAAUGUUAUGAUCACAUAUUUUGGAAAAAUUUUCAUCUUCAAAUGGGUUAGUAGAUCGUGACCUUACAAAUUUCGCAUUGUUCUUACAUACUCGUAAAACAUAAUUAUAUAUAUACUAAAUGCCCAAAAGAAGCAUAUGAACGCAUACAUAUGUAAUUCAUUUGUUUUUGGAAAAAAAAAAUAAAAAAAUUGCAAAACCCUAAAUAAAUCUUAUUAGAAACAUA